AUGGCUUCCGUUGCUUCGCCUUCUCUGCUCCUCAGGGCGCCCCCCCACCACCUGUGUGUCCAAAGGCCUGGCAUCUACAGGGACGAGGAGGGGAGGAGCUGGGUGACAGUGGCCCUGUGUAUCAGUCCCUCCCAGCGGGCUCAGGCCAGGUGCUUCCCCACUGCCAGCACACGUGAACGCAGCAUCAGAGUCCACUUAUGGCAGAUACCUGUACACCCCCAGGGCACCCUGUUCUUCAGCCAGCUGCCCUUCUCCCAGCUGCCCCUCACGUGGCAGCUCUGUCCAGGGAAGAAGUACCAAGGAAGUGACUCUAGGACCUGGCAAAUCGUGGACCAUGACCAGGCAAGUGUGUGGUGGCUGCUGCGGAUCGGGGCCACGGAGCAGCUGACCCUCAUGCGGCAGCUCUACCCUGGAGAGUAA